AUGCAAUCCCCUUCCUCUUCACUAGGUUUUGGGAAUCUCCUCAACCCGGACAAUUCAAAAGACCAACAUAAACCCCAACCUUCCCCCGCCUCAACAUCCCCAACUUCAACUCCCACCACUACUGCCGCCGGCCCCGCUACCACCACCACCACCACCACCGCCAACAACACCACAACAACAUCUGACUCUCAACCAUCCAUGGCCACUGCUGCCGUGAGCCUCAUGGCCCCAUUACUCCAGAACAACCAGUCUGCCCAGGAGGAGCAACGUCACGACCUCCCCAGGCCUUACAAGUGCCCUCUGUGCGAGAAGGCCUUCCACCGUCUCGAGCAUCAGACUCGACACAUUCGCACACACACUGGCGAGAAGCCUCAUGCAUGCACCUUCCCUGGGUGCUCGAAGCGCUUCAGCCGAUCAGACGAACUCACUCGUCACUCGAGGAUACACAACAACCCCAACUCUCGACGGGGUAACAAGCAGCAUGCUGCCGCUGCCGCCGCCGCCGCAGCUGCUGGCAUCAUCGAGCCUGGCUCUUCUCUCGCCCACAUGAUGCCUCCUCCUCAGUCGAAGCCAAUCUCUCGCUCGGCCCCCAGCUCCAAUCUGGGAUCUCCCAACGUCUCGCCUCCUCACUCCUUCUCUAACUACUCUCCUAACAUGAACAACGAUCUUUCCUCGUACAGGAGUGGAAGCAACAGCAACAGCAACAGCAGCAGUCCCAAUGGAUUGUCUCGCAACAUCGAUCUCCUGGCUGACGCCGCAUCAAGGCUCGAACAGCGUCAACAUCAGCCUUUCUCGCAUCGUCAUGUCACCAGCCAUGGAUUCCACCCGUACCACAACAGCACAGGUCGUCUUCCCGGCCUCUCCCAGUACGCCUACGCAUCGCAACCCAUGUCAAGGUCGCAUUCCCACGAGGACGACGACCCUUACUCCCACAGGAUGACGAAGAAGUCGAGGCCAGGCUCCCCAAUGUCCACUGCGCCUCCCUCUCCCACUUUCUCUCACGAUUCCUGCUCGCCAACUCCUGAUCACACCCCGCUCGCCACGCCUGCUCAUUCCCCACGACUCCGUCCUCAGGGAUUCAGUGAUUUGCAACUUCCCCACAUUCGUCACCUUUCGUUGCACCACGUACCGGCUCUUGCGCCCAUGGAGCCGUCGACCAACAUGGAGCAGCCUUACAUCCCCAGCCAACCAUCUGGGUUGAGGAUCGGCGACAUCAUCUCGAAACCCGACGGUGCUCAGCGGAAACUGCCUGUCCCACAGGUUCCCAAGGUCGCCGUUCAAGAUCUGCUCAACGCUCCCAGCGGCUUCUCUUCCGGAAACUCGUCCACUACCGGUUCCUUAGCCGGCAACGACCUCGCAGAGCGUCUGUAG